AUGGACAAACGAUACGAAAGUUUGAAGCGAGAACUGAAGUGCCUUAAAUCUGCACUCCCUCCACUGCCGUCUCCAGACGAACUUUACGAUGACAUCGUGAGCAGCUGCAAAAACGUCAUGCAGAAUGCCGAAGUUUUUGAUAAGCUCCGAAGAGAUCUCAGUGUUUUCCAUGAUCCUCUUUCAUCAUUUCAUGAUUUAGAACGUGAUGUUACUAUUCUAGAACUGAAAGCUGAGAAUGUCAAAACUCGUUUUCAAUUCUUACUCAAACAUUUGCGAUUGUUAUACUCUACGGUACCCCUAAUGAUUGCGACAAAGAAGACAUCGUCGAGAGCAUGGCAAUCGAGAAUGGAAACACCUCAAGAAUAUGUCACUCAAAAGGGCAAGAGAAAAGCUCUCCGAACCGAUCAGUCCGACAUAGAACGAAUCCUCAAGGAUCAACUCCAGGGAAUCGAGGAAUUCUUCACCACUCUUCGUCAGUUGCGAUCCGAGUGCCUUACUGAGGAGAGAAACCAGCAAAGAAGCCUCCACCAGAAGAUACUGGAACUCCUACAAUCAGUUGAUGGAUCGAUGACUCGAUGGCAAGAUACGCUCGAGCAACUUGCGACAACGCGAAGGCCACAGUCACCUAUUACGAUACCGCCUGCCGCGGAGGAGAACCUCGACGAGCGAGGAGAGGAAUCCGAAAGAAUCGCCGCAAACGCUGAAUACAUGGAAGGCGUACUGGAGCAGGAAGAGGCAGGCCAACAGAAUGAAGAAGUCGACAGAGAAAUAGAAGCGCUGACGACUGAACUGAACAAUGUUGCUCGACGCUUGAGGGAGCUGUCAAGAAAGAAGACGUGUCCACCCAGGGCAUACGAAGCUGGCAUUUAUCGCCUAGAGGAGAGCACCAUGCGCUGUGUAUUCUGCCAAGCACAGGGCAGGCACUACUCGGACUCCUGCGACCAGCUCCGUACAGGAGAAAUGCGACAGGAAUACCUCAUGAGGAAGACGUCGAUGCCUCAACUGCUUAGAGCUAGAGUGCGAAAAAGGCCAGUCAUGUCCAAAAUUCAGAAUACCUUGCUUCCACUGUAA